GUAGGCCUAGAACGUAAACUUCAAAAAAAUAUGACAAUUUGAAAUCAUUUAGGUCAAUUUCAAAAUCGUUUGCAUUCGUUCAUUUCGGCACUUAAUAAAUUGUAUCAUCAAAGCCAACAUAUUCCUGCAAUACCCAUUCGAAUGACAUUACAUUUUCCUGAGAGCUUUUUGAUGGGUAUAAAUCAAAGUAUUUAGUUAUCUUGGUGUUAGAGGUGAAUGGUAGGCUGCUAGGACUGCAUAUAAAGGAGCAAUAAGGAGAAUGUACAAAUGGCGAAGAAAAUAAAAGUUGUGGAUUAGAUGUUUGUCGACUAAACUGGAGAGGCGUGGAAGAAAAACUGCGAAAAUUGAAGCGAAAGAGAGAAAAGGAAGAAUUAUCAAAACGUAAAGUUCAAAGCGGAGUUUUAAAGAAGUAUCCCAGUGGGCCAUGUCCAGAAGUGUCAUAAAGUGACAGAUUGCCAUAACAAAUCAUUUAGAUCAGUUUCAAAAUCGUUUGCAAUUCGUUCAUACUACAUUCGUUCAUAAUUCGGUACUCCAUAAAUUUUAUCAUCCAAGUCAACAUAUUCCUACAAUUCCCUUUAAGUUUCAUUUUUAGUUACAAUAUGGAGCGCUAUGAACAAAUCUCUGUCGUUGGUGAGGGUUCAUAUGGGGUUGUAUUGAAAUGUCGUCACCGGGAUUCGGACCAAAUAGUUGCUGUAAAGAAGUUCAUUGAAACAGAAGAAGAUGCCGUUAUCAGGAAGAUGGCUCUACGAGAGAUUCGAAUGCUGAAAAAACUGAAACACGAAAACUUAGUCACAAUGCUUGACGUAUUUCGACACCGGAAACGCUUUUAUCUUGUGUUUGAGUUUUUGGCGGGUACGGUUUUGGAUGAAAUUGAAAAGCAAAGCGGUGGAAUGGGCGAGGAAAAAUCCCGCGAUCGUAUAUACCAAGUGUUACGAGCAACUGCGUAUUGUCAUUCAAAUUAUAUCGUCCAUCGUGAUAUUAAACCAGAAAAUAUUCUUAUAUCGACGCAGGGCGUCGUAAAAUUAUGCGACUUUGGAUUCGCACGUAUAAUGACGUAUACUAUUGAACCAUGCACCGAAUAUGUCGCAACCCGGUGGUACCGAGCACCUGAAUUGCUUGUUGGCGAACAGCAGUAUGGUGCCGCCAUUGACAUUUGGGCUACUGGUUGUCUUUUUGCUGAAAUGCUCUCCGGUGAGCCCUUAUUUCCUGGUGAAAGCGAUAUCGAUCAGCUUUACUUAAUAUUGAAAGCCAUGGGAAAACCAUGUGCUCGUCAUCAAGCUCUAAUGGCAAAGAAUUCUACACUACGAGGAAUGGCCAAACCAAGCUCACAGACUGACUUGGCCGGUUUACACAAGAUGUGCCAGAAUUGGCCGCAAGGGAGCAUUGAUUUUUUAAUCAGUUUGCUCACAAUGGAUCCCCUUGUUCGCCCUACCAGUGAAGAACUACUGAAACAUAAGUUUUUUACGCAUGACAAUUUCCCACAACAAUUUUUACCGGCGCUACGCGAAAAGGUCAUGUCUGAGUUCAAUGCGAAUCCUUUACUACGCAAAUUCAAAACAGAGGUCUUGCAUUCCACGGACAGGGCUAGCAUUUCAGAAGAUAAGAAUUUGACAAAACGUCCUUCACAAUCAAAUUUAAACGAACCGCAUAACUGGAAAAUGAACCUCAUCGAAGGAAAUAUUAAGAGAAAGUUCUGUUGCGACAAUGCAGAAUUUCAAUUACCAGGACGCAAGUCUUACCGUGAAAAAACUGGAUUAACAUUUCUGAAGUCUACGAAAACACUGAAUAAAGUUGUGAGUGAGAAUGAUGUCAUCUCAUUAACAAAAUCAUUCGAAAAUAUGACAGCACGCUCGGAUGUGGGUCAAGAAUCGUCCGGCAGUACAAUAUCAAAUAUAAAUAUUCAAUCAAACUGUAACAUCAACGCUAUCAAAAAGUCGCCAUUAUUACUCCAAACUAUUACUCAGCCAUGCCUGAAGAAUGUAUUUACGCAAAAUCUAGGAAACCUUCCAUUUUCCAAUAAGAACGUCACCUACGCUACCACUCCUUCUAAAAGAUUAGACCGACAUUCCAUCCACGACCUAUUCAUUAACAUUGAACCUCUUCAUCUUGCACCAAGCACACUCAACAGUAACGUGAAAAGAAAAAGCAAAAUUAAAGAUGAUUUCACUUUGCCCAAUUUACCAGGAGCAACAACUAGUCCAAAUGAACCAAAGUCGAACAAAAUCAACGUAACGCCUGAGUCGUGCGAAAACAUCGUCACACCGAGAAUACUUUCUGCGUCUGGCUCACCCAAACACAUUUUACCACUCAUGUAGUUGGAUAGUUACAUGCGCUAGAUUCAUUCAGGAAUAUGUAGAUACCAACGUGGGAUAAAAAAUAAUCUCCGAAAGCAUCAGACGGAAACUUAACACACUACGACUAGGGAACAAUUCUGACAAACUUUUCCAUUUGUAUAUAUGUAACUAACUAUUUUAUCUGUCUAGAUCUUUUUGCAAUCCAAUAUUGAGCUUGUAUAGAUUAUUUUUAUAAUGAUUCCCAUCUCUGUACAUUUCAUUAAAAAAUAUACGAAUGCAAACAAA